ACAAUUCAAGCUAUAAACAGUGAAAAUGUCAAAAAAGGCAACAAAUACUUGGAAUAGAGGAAUAUUCUUAGCUUUAGUGAAACUAUUUCAUUUCAUAGCUGCAGUUCAGUUUAUUUAUUCUAUAUUUUAUGACUGGACUUAUGUUUAUGUACCUGAAAAAGCAAUAAAACACAAUCGCACAACUUUCGGUGGAAAGUUCAAAUAUUUGACUUUUUUGGAUGCGAUCAUUCAAGCAACUUACUUCAUCAUUGCUCUUCUUAAUGAUGUUGCCGGAACAAAUGAGGUUGUUUUGAAGUCAUCAAAAGUUCCAUUAAUCCGUAAAUUUAAGGAUUACUUCUUUGCGGCAUUUGCAUUUCCAGUGGCAUUUAAUGUGGGAAUCACAUUCUGGGGACUUUAUGCUGUCGAUCGUGAAUUGGUGUUCCCAAAAGCAAUUGAUGCAUUCUUCCCAAACUGGCUGAACCACAUCAUGCACACAAACAUCAUGAUCUUCAUUGUUCUCGAGCUUUUCACAUCAUUCCGUUUAUAUCCAAGUCGAAAGGCUGGAUUAGCAGGACUAUCAAUCUUUAUGGCAGCUUAUCUCGGUUGGCUCCACGUAAUCAAAUACAAGUCAAAUAUUUGGGUAUAUCCAAUUCUUGAGGUUCUCAAUUUGCCUCAACGAUUAGUAUUCUUUGCAUUAUCGCUCGUCUUUUCAAUUGGACUUUACAUUUUUGGUGAGUUCUUUAAUGAACAAAUUUGGGUUAAGGAAAUUAAACAGGCAACGAAGCAUGAAUCGAAGAAAGCUCACUAAAUUUGAGAGACUUGAAAAAAUGCAAACUUUCCUCUUUUUGACAAAAAAAAAAAAAAACAAUUUUUUGAGUAAAAACCGUAAAAACCAAAUUUACAAAAAAACAUAAUAAAGGAAAAUUUUGCAUGUAUUAGAAAAUUGAAGGAAAUUCCUUCGUUGAAAAAAACUAUAAUUCACGAAUAGAACUUUACACAUUACAUUUUUUCGAUGAUGAUAUUAAAAGAUUUCAGACAAAUCUGAAACUUUUGGAUAUAAGAAGAAAACCAAUUUAUCGUAAAUUUACAUGUAUUUGAUGUUUAUGAAACAGAAGCAAAGCAUAAAUGUUAUGUUUCCAUUAGAGACAGUUUGAUUAGUUCUAACUAUAAUAAUCCAAAGUGUGCGAUAUAUGAGAGCAUAAGUGGGAAGCUGUAGUGAUCACUUGUGAAUAGAAGGGAUUAUGGAGAGUUUGUGGAUUCAAAUUAAGUGUUUUUAUUAGUGGCAACUAGACUACUGACUGCUUAUGUUCUAUAUAUGCAACAAUCAAUUAGUAUCGGAUGGAUGCAUAAACUAGAAAAGCCAUAGAUUAUUACGCCCAUACAUUGACUUAUUAUAAACCAAUUCAUAACUUUUAAAUGAUGUUUAAGGGACAACUUCAGUCUAAAAUUGAUGACAACUAGUUGUGCAGCAAGAUCUUGUUCUUGAUUCUUAAACCUUGAUAUAAGAUCGAUGUUUUGAAUCAAUCUUAGCUAAUCGACCAUGUUUUGAACUUUGAUCAAUUCAACAAUCAUAUUUAAGAACUCAAAAUUGUCACUUUGCGCAAUUUAAUGAUCGAUUCUAUCCGAUACUACUUCCUUGCCUAUAAUUUAUGUCUAUUAGCAAAUCGCUUAUGCAAACAAUUUAAUUGUUUCCUUCUUCACAAAAAGAAAAAGUAUAUCUAUAUUUAUGUUGAGAUUUAUGUUGCAGUAUUUAACUAGAAAUGAUUAUUAUGCACCAGUAAAAUCAAUGAAAUUAUAACCAAAAUCAUGAUAAAAAUGAAAUUCUCUUA